AUGCCAGACCCACCAGAGUAUGUGGUGUAUACAGAUUCAGAGUUGGACAUGGUGCGCAGUCAGUACUUUGCAUUGCUCCACAGUGGAAAGGAAAAGGACUGUAAGAUGUCGAAGGAGCUCUGUUGCAGACUUGUAAGGAACACAGUCACCAGCAUGGUUGCAAUCCUCCGUGCUAGUCCCAUGGGGAAAGAAGUAAGAUACCCCUCCAAACUCGAAAUGAGAGCAAUGUCACAGAAGAUUGUCGACUAUUACCCCAUGUUACGUGAUGCUGACACACACAUGCCAUACCUGACCAUCUACACCAAACUGUACAAACGACUCCAAAAUAUGAAGUCUCCAAGGAAGAGGCAGGGCUCCAUGCCGCAACGAGGCAGGCUCGGGAAGACUCUUUUCAGCUCAGAUGACACAGACAAUGUUACUGAAGGUGACCUAAGUGAAGCAAGUGGUUCAAGUGACUAUACCAUACUUCUUGAGAGCAAUGAUGACCUCAGCGAGGAUAACUCAAAUGCAGAGAAAGAAUCCCAAUUGCCGCUACCCUCCACUGUACCAACUACGUCAAACAAUACUACCCUGGCUUUACCACUAUUAUCCAAGUCAGCCUCAUGCUCUGCACCCAGGGCUGAUAUAGGUCCAUCAACUGCACCUCCAGAUGAUGUUGUUGCAGACCAUGACAGCCUGAAGAUGCAGGCAAGGCAUUACAAAACCUUGAGCAACAUGUACAGGAAACCCAAUGCAAAACCCAACCAAAGUGACGUUGCUCAAAUUUUGGACCUGGAGUUUGAGGCCAGACGAGCUUUUAUUGACGCAGAUGUUACAAGGGAAGAAGACAGGCCCAGAAAAAUAUUUGAAGCAUACCUGUGCUUCAAAGACAUACGAAAUGCGAUGGAUGAACUGCGUCGCAUCGUUGGUGGCUUCAACUGCAAAUACAUAGAUCAAAUGAAGGGUCGAUGGGCAGAGUUUUGUUCGAAGGUGCAGUUCUAUGGCAUUUGGAAGAAGGUCCUGAAACCACCUCUCCCCUUGGAUGUACAUGGAGUGGAUUUUACUGUCACUCUCGUCAAUGCACUUCCAUCUCUUUUUCCUUCAAAAACUACACCACCAAAGCGGCUGGGAAGUGCCAGUGAGGCUCUCCUUCAUAUCCUCAAGCCAGGUGAAGAUGCUAUGCUAUACCUGGAGAAGCGGCCUCUCUCCUCCCCAGUGCUGCUUUUUGAUGGGACAACCAGCAUUGUUGCUGUAGGAAAUAUACCAGUGACCACUCUCCCCUUGGAGGAUUUCUGGGAAGGAAUGUUGGUGUUGAUGGCAUAUUACUACACCUUGCACUUAACAUACUCGAAAUGUGUUGCAACGGUCCUCUCUGUCAUACAAACUGAGGCCUUCUAA